AGACUCAAUAACAUGGUCUAAGACGUCUACAGCCAUGGAAUCAGCCAUUGUAGGUGAAGGUUUUAAAAAUUCCAUAACGCGCCACAAUCUUAUAUAUGGAAAACUAAUUGGGGAUGGCGACAGUAGCGUUUACAAACAUUUAGUUGAAAUCGCACCAUACGGUCCAUCGUUUUACAUAAAAAAAAUUGAAUGUCGCAAUCAUUUACUUCGAAACUUCAUAAAUAAACUCAGCGAUUUGAGUAAAGACACCAAAUACUCAAAACCUCACAGAGAGUAUGUGUCAAAUCCAUCAAUGCUAGGUCGCUUCCGCAAUGCAGUUAUAAGGGCUAUCGCAUACAGGAAAUCCGAAAAUAAUGCACUUGAUGACAAGAUUGACAAUUUAAAGAAGGAUAUAUUGAAUAGUCCCUACCAUAUCUUUGGCCGCCAUGUACAUUGCAAAGAUUACUUUUGCAAAGGUUCAGAUGAGAAUAAGGAUGAUUUAGUUGAUAUAUAUACCCAAAACGGGAUCCUAGGUGGAAUUAAUACCAUUAUACAACGACUUGCGGAUCACGCCUCUAGUUUACUGUAUGAUACAGACAAUAAUCCUGCGGAAACUUAUAAUUCCAUCAUAGCUAAACUUGUAGGAGGUAAAAGAAUAAACUUUUCACUCAAAAAUUCCUACCAAUUAAGGUGUGAACUGGCGGCCAUAUCCUACAAUUGCAAACAACGUAAUUUAUUAGGCGUUUUACAUAAGCAGCUAUGUGGAAGACCACCAGGACAUUACACACAAAUCUUCCUAGACGCCCAACUACAUCGGUACAACAACAGAUCUAGAAAACAUCAUAUCAAGAAAAGAGCGUUUCAGACCGCUGAUCAACAUUACGGUAUGGUGGACGAAAUUGCAAUCCCUGACCUAUCCUUGGAAGAAUAUGAACUAAAAUCAGCCCAAUUUCUAAAAGAUUUGAAGAACUUAAACAGAAGAGAUGUUGAGCGUGAUACAAUAAACCAAUCAAAAAGCGAUUUAUGGAUUAUUGAACGUAAAAAAAGAAUAACAGCUUCUAAUUUUGGGAAAGUUUGCAAAUUACGCAAGACAACUUCCACAGCUAAAACUGUAACACACUUACUGUAUAGUUCUUUUAGAGGAAACAAAUACACACAAUUUGGAUUGGAGAGCGAAGUAAAUGCCAUUGAGCACUUUGAACGCCUAUAUCAAGUAAAGGUAACCAGAUGCGGUCUCAUCGUCGAUGAAGAAAAACCGUAUUUGGCUUGUUCUCCUGACGGUUUAGUUGGGGAAGACAGUAUAGUUGAAAUUAAGAGUUCCUUGAAAAGUGGCGACCACGAUCCUGUUGAGGCAUGUAUGUUAAAAUUAAUUGACUAUUGUGUUUUAGAUGAGGAAAACAAUAGAAUUAUGCUAAAAAGGAGUCAUAAUUAUUACUAUCAACUCCAAGGCAUUAUGCACAUCACCAAGAGAAGCAACUGUUAUUUUAUAGUUUAUACAACAGCGGGAAUCCAUGUUGAGGAAAUAAGAAGGGAUGACAUCUUUUGGACACAACAUAUGGAAAAAAAGCUGCAAGAAUUUUACAUGCAGUCAUUAUUGCCAGAAUUAGUGGAUUCAAGGCGAUGUCGUAAUAUGGACAUUAGGACGGUACACAUGGUAAAUUAAAUACUUUUUCGGAAAUGCAAACCUGCUUGUUCGUUUUUUAUUUACCUAAUAUUUAAGUUUAUAUGUAAAAUUGUAUUAAAAUUUAUCUUUCAAAUAAAAGUACCAUUAGUGA